AUGGGGAACAUUAUGGACGGUAAGUCGGUGGAGGAGCUGAGCAGCACCGAGUGCCACCAGUGGUACAAGAAGUUCAUGACAGAGUGCCCCUCCGGCCAGCUCACCCUCUACGAGUUCCGCCAGUUCUUCGGCCUCAAGAAUCUGAGUCCCUGGGCCAGCCAGUACGUGGAGCAGAUGUUUGAGACCUUUGACUUCAACAAAGACGGCUACAUUGAUUUCAUGGAGUACGUGGCGGCGCUGAGCCUGGUCCUCAAGGGGAAGGUGGAACAGAAGCUGCGCUGGUACUUCAAGCUCUACGACGUGGACGGCAACGGAUGCAUCGACCGCGACGAGCUGCUCACCAUCAUCCGGGCCAUCCGAGCCAUUAACCCCUGCAGCGACUCGACCAUGACCGCCGAGGAGUUCACCGAUACAGUGUUCUCCAAGAUUGACGUCAAUGGGGAUGGGGAACUCUCCCUAGAGGAGUUCAUGGAGGGCGUCCAGAAGGACCAGAUGCUCCUGGACACGCUGACCCGAAGCCUGGACCUUACCCGCAUUGUGCGCAGGCUCCAGAAUGGAGAGCAGGAUGAGGAGGGGGCUAGCGGCAGGGAAACGGAGGCCGUGGAGGCCGACGGCUGA